GGCAGGGCAGUGCCGUGGGAAGACACAGCAGUCGUGGCUGUGGGUGUCAUGGGCAUGGUGGGGGCCCGUGUGUGCCCACAAGGUGUCUGUGGGGCCAGGGGCUGUGGGAUGCCUUGGGGUGGGCGCUGUGGGUGCCCCGGAGUGCUGAGCCCCCAUGCCACAGGGUGAGUGUCCAUUAUGGCCCUGUGUGGGGUGGGCAGGGGGCUGUGGGGCACUGUGGGUUGAGUGGUGGGCUGUGGGAUGCCAUGCAGUGCCUCCCAAGCAUUUAAAUUCCCCCUAUUCUCAGGCUGAGGGUCUGCCACGACCCACCACAAGCCUGUGGGGCGGGUGGGAGCUGUGUGCCGUGCAUUGGGGCUGGGAGCGGCCGUGGGGUGCCAGGGAGCCCCAUGGGCUGUUGCAGGUGCCUGCCCCUCACUGUGGUGUGCCUCCCAGGCUGAGGAGCCACCAUGGCCCGCCACGAGCCCGCCAGCCCGGUGGUGCGGCAGAUUGACCAGCAGUUCCUGAUCUGCAGCAUCUGCCUCGACCGCUACUGCAACCCCAAGGUGCUGCCCUGCCUGCACACCUUCUGCGAGAGGUGUCUGCAGAACUACAUUCCGGCCCAGAGCCUGUCCCUGUCGUGCCCUGUGUGCCGCCAGACCUCGAUCCUGCCCGAGCGGGGGGUCCCGGCGCUGCCCAACAACUUCUUCAUCACCAACCUGAUGGAGGUGCUGCAGCGGGACCCUGACCCCCGCGGGGCCCCCCCUGCACCCCUGCCCCCCCUGGGCGCCGCCACCGGGCAGCCGCUCUGCUGCCCGAACCACGAGGGAAAGGUGAUGGAGUUCUACUGCGAGCCCUGCGAGACGGCCAUGUGCCGGGAGUGCACGGAGGGGGAGCGGCGGGAGCACCGGGACCACCGCACCGUGCCGCUGCGUGACGUGCUGGAGCAGCACAAGGCAGCCCUGCAGCACCAGCUCGACGCUGUGCGUGCCAGGCUCCCACAGCUGGCGGCAGCUGUGGGGCUGGUAGCUGAGAUCAGCCGGCAGCUGGGGCAGCGCCGGGCUGAGGCCGAGGCAGAGAUCGGGAGCAGCUUCGAGGAGCUGGAGGCAGCGCUGCGGCAGCGGCGGGAGGUGCUGCUGCGCGACCUGGAGGCCACCUGUGCUGCCAAGCAGCAGGUGCUGGAGGCACAGCUGGAGGUGCUGCGGCAGGGCCAGGAGAGCAUCCUGAGCAGCUGCGCGUUCACAGAGCAGGCGCUGCACCACGGCUCAGCCACGGAGGUGCUGCUGGUGCAGAAGCAGAUGGGCGAGCGGCUGCGGGAGCUGGCAGCGCGGCCCUUCCCCGAGCACCCGCACGAGAACGCGCAGCUCGAGUUCCACGCCGAGCCCGAGGGGCUGCGCCGCUCCAUCCAGAACCUGGGCGCGCUGCUGACCACCAGUGCCACGGCGCACACCACGGUGGCCACGGGCGAGGGGCUGCGCCAGGCCGUGGUGGGGCAGCCCUGCUCGCUCAGCGUCACCACCAAGGACAAGGACGGGGCGCUGGUACGCAGCGGCGGCGCCCGCCUGCGCUUCGCCGUGACGGGCCCCGACGGCGCCGCGGCCGAGGCCGAGGUGCAGGACAACCGCAACGGCACCUACGAGCUGGUGUACACGCCGCGCACCGAGGGUGACUUUGUGCUGUCCAUCCUGCUGUACGGGCAGCCCGUGCGCGGCUCCCCGUUCCGCGCGCGCGCCCUGCGCCCCAGCGACGUGCCCCCGUCCCCCGAGGAGGCCAAGCGCCGCGUCAAGUCCCCGGGCGGGGGGCACGUGCGGCAGAAGGCCCUGCGCCGCCCCGCCAGCAUGUACGGCAGCGCCAAGCGCAAGGAGAACCCCAUCGAGGACGAGCUCAUCUUUCGCGUCGGCAGCCGUGGCCGGGAGAAGGGCGAGUUCACCAACCUGCAGGGGAUCUCCACAUCCAGCGCCGGCCGCAUCGUCGUGGCUGACAGCAACAACCAGUGCGUGCAGGUGUUCAGUAACGAGGGGCAGUUCCGGCUGCGUUUUGGGGUGCGGGGGCGUUCCCCAGGGCAGCUCCAGCGCCCCACAGGCGUCUCAGUGGACACCAACGGGGACAUCAUUGUGGCCGACUACGACAACCGCUGGGUCAGCGUGUUCUCACCUGAGGGCAAGUUCAAGACAAAGCUGGGCGCGGGGCGGCUGAUGGGCCCCAAGGGCGUCGCCGUGGACCGCAACGGGCACAUCAUCGUGGUGGACAACAAGGCUUGCUGCGUCUUCAUCUUCCAGCCCAACGGGAAGCUGGUGGCCCGUUUCGGCUCCCGCGGCACCGCUGAGCGCCAGUUCGCAGGACCCCAUUUUGUGGCUGUCAACAACAAGAAUGAGAUCGUGGUGACCGACUUCCACAACCACUCUGUGAAGGUGUACAACGCUGAGGGCGAGUUCCUGUUCAAGUUUGGGUCGCACGGGGAGGGCAACGGGCAGUUCAACGCGCCCACAGGGGUGGCCGUGGACAGCAAUGGCAACAUCAUCGUGGCUGACUGGGGCAACAGCCGCAUCCAGGUACCACACCUGUGCCCCUAUGGACACCUGUGCUGCACGGACACACGGACACCUGUGCCUGCACACCUGUGCCUGUGCCUGCACAGACACCUGUGCCUGUACCUGCACUGA